AGAUAGUAUGAUUUAAAGAAAAUGUGGUUGAUAAGUAGAUACAUCAGAUCUUUGUUCUCUCCUACUUGGAAGGGAGAAGACUGUAAAAUGGUAUUAGUGGUUCGAUCAGACAUAGCUAUGGGAAAGGGAAAAGUUGGUGCUCAAUGCGCCCAUGCUGCAUUAGAGUGCUGUUAUCAGGCCUUAAAUAGUAAAGCGAAAAAAGAAAUGUUUCAAUUCUGGUUACAAGUUGGACAACCUAAGAUCGUUGUCAAAAUACCAAAUGAAAAGGAAUUAUUAGCCUUGGCAGAUAAAGCGCAACGUGCUGGUGUGAUCACUGCCAUAAUAAAAGAUGCUGGUAGAACUCAGUUAAAACCAGGCACAAUUACAGUUGUUGGUAUAGGACCAGAUUCUACUGAAAUUAUCAAUAGCCUUACAUGGAAAUUAAGAUUGUUAUAAGUUUUUUAAAUAUAGGAGUGUGUAUAUAUAUCAAUAAGAAUAAAGAUUUCCAGUUGACUCGA